GGGUAGGCUGCGCGGGAGGGCAGGAGAGUGGAGGCAGCGGCGGCGCGCUGGCACUGGGCGCCCGCCCGGAGGAUGGUCCCCGCCGUGGGGGCGCCGCCGCCCAGCCCGCCCAGUCCCCCCGUGAGUGCGGGCCGCGGAGGGGGGGCCUGCGUUCGGGGAAGGGCGGAGGGGAGCGGACUGGGGCCGAGGGUGCUGCCGGUGGCCGCCCCUCCCCCUUCGCCGACCGUUGCCCGUGAGGGAGGCGGCGGUUGGCCGAGGGCGCGCGCCGCGCUUGGGCCCGUCGCCAUGGCGACAGCGGGGCUGCGAGCCCACUCGGGAUCCGCGUCCGGCCGGGCCGGGCGCGUCCCGUCGGCCUCCCGCCGCCCUCCGCCUCCGGGGCGCCCCGGGACGUAGGGGGCGACGGCAGCCCCUUUGUCUGACGGGGCGGCCUCACUGCGAGGUGGGGAGGGGGUGAGACGACAGCGGGCCGCGGCCUCCCGGGGCUUGGGAAACGUGCAGGUUCUCUUUUCUGAAACCAUGCCAGAGAUGACAGAGAAUGACACCCCUACUAAGAAGCAAUAUCGAAAGAAAAAUCGGGAGACGCAUAAUGCAGUGGAGAGGCAUCGAAAGAAAAAGAUUAAUGCUGGGAUAAACAGAAUUGGAGAACUCAUUCCCUGCUCUCCAGCACUUAAACAGAGCAAGAACAUGAUUCUGGAUCAGGCCUUUAAGUACAUAACAGAAAUGAAAAGACAGAAUGAUGAGCUUCUGUUAAAUGGAGGGAACAAUGAACAGGCUGAAGAGAUUAAAAAACUGCGGAAACAACUGGAUGAACUCCAAAAGGAAAAUGGGAGAUACAUCGAACUACUGAAAGCCAAUGAUAUUUGCCUGUAUGAUGAUCCUACGAUCCACUGGAAGGGGAAUCUCAAAAAUGCAAAGGUCUCAGUUGUUAUUCCUAGUGAUCAAGUUCAAAAGAACAUUAUUGUCUAUUCAAAUGGGAGUCAACCCAAUGGAAAUAACCAGGGAGCAUCUGUCCAGGGGAUAACGUUUAAUGUUGGUCAUAAUUUACAAAAGCAAACAGCCAAUGUUGUUCCAGUCCAGAGAACUUGCAACCUAGUGACUCCUGUGACAAUUUCUGGUAUUUACCCUGCAGAAAACAAACCACGGUCUCAGAGUACAGUUUCUCCACUGGCACCCACUCAGGUGGUUCCAGCAGGGAACACUCUUGAACUUUCCAUCCCAGAGAAUGAGCAAGGUGUGCUUGCUACUGCUACUGCCAGCUCACAGAAUGCUUCUCAAUCCAGAACAGAACAGGGCCUACAGUGUUCUUCAGAUAAUGCACUGCAGAAUGGUCAAAGUCUCCCCAAAAGUAAAAAUGAUGAAGGUGGCUCGAAGUCAGCAAAGAAAACAGUCGUGCAGGGAAUCAGCCUUCCUUCCAGUGCCUCCAUGGAAGCUGAGAAAGUUCAACAUAUGAAUGCAACCAGCUCAAAAACACCUAAUUCUAGGAACGAAUUUCAGGAAAGCUCUGUAAUUUCAACUACUGGCACAGCUGUUGUGCCAUCUGUGAGACUGUCUACUGCAGACAGUUUUUCCUCUGUAAAUGUUCUCAAAAGUACAAACUUAAUAAGUAGUGCUGACAUGCCCACGACUUCUGCAGCAGAAGGAAUGAAGGCUGUAACGGUAAUAAGCACUCUGCCUGCCAGUCCCCUAGAGAACUGCUGGUCUUUUUCAGGCUCUACAGGUGUUGUCCCUUCAGACUUGAAAAAUAUGAGUAGCCUUACACGGAUGCCUUCAGCUGGAAACACACAGACCACAUGGACAACUUUGCAGCUAGCAGGAAAUACUGUCCAGCCACUAAGCCAAACGCCAUCCAGUAUAAUGACUGCGCUGCUAAGUGAGCCAGUUAAUGGGGCUAGUACUGUAUCUCCUGCUCACAGCAGGCCUUUGACGACAAGCAUUAGUUUGAAUACUUCUCUGCCUACAGAUGGGCAGGCAGCUGAACAGAUUGUAGUUACCUUGCCCUCAUGCCCAUCCCUACCUAUGCAGCCAUUAAUCAGCCAACCACAGGUUAAAACUCAGGCUGCAGGAAGUAUCCUUCCAUUAAAUUCAACUAUGCAGGUAAUUCAGAUGGCUCAACCAGUUGCAUCAGCUGUGACAGGAGCACCAGCGAACCAGAAUGUCAUCAUUCUCCAGCCUCCAAACACUGCUCCGUGUCCUCCAAUUGUGAGAGCAGAAGUUCCUAGCCAAAAUGUCAGUCAACAAAUCGUAAUUAUUCAAGCUGCUAGUCAGAAUCCUCUUCCUCUCCUCUCUGCCCAGCCUUCUGCUUCUGUCAGAGUUCCUGUGAAUGGGCCUGUGGCAGUUGCAAACUCUAGCAACUCUGUACAAAAUGCCCAUCUUCCACAGACCUUUGGUGGAAAACACCUUGUCCAUAUAUUACCAAGGCCAUCUUCUUUGCCAUCUUCUAGCUCUACACAGACAUUUUCAGUUACAAUGUCAAAUCAACAGCAUCCCCAAACAAUCUCAUUAAACGGGCAGCUUUUUGCAUUGCAGCCUGUGAUGUCGUCAUCUGGAGCUUCAAAUCAAGCCCCUAUGCAAAUUAUUCAACCCACCACCAGCGAAGAUCCAAAUACCAAUGUUGCUCUCAAUACAUUUGGUGCUUUAGCUAACCUCAAUCAGAGCAUAUCACAAAUGGCUGGACAAAGCUGCUUGCACUUGUCUCUCAGCCACCCUACCAAUCCCACAACUGUCCAUAACCAGAUCACCACAGUUAACUGUGUGUCAUUGCCAGCUUCAGUGCCACCCUCAGUGCCUGUGGAGGGUUCAGUAUUAACUAGUGCAUCUAAUUCAACAAGUGUUUCCCCCAAAAAAGCUGCUGCUGGCUUUCUGUCUAAUACAAAAUCAAAAAGGACAAACAAAAAGCAGAGUACAAAAAAACACCUAGCUGCCAACAUUAAAGUUUCCUGUCCAGCAAUUCCUUGUAAAGAUGCAGGUAAGGCAGACAGUGUUCCUGUAGAAGCUGUGGCAAAGCAUUCAAAGGGUGAGGGGUUGCCUGAGAACAUUCCAGCAGCGUCACAAGCUUUAGCCACAUUGCAGGUGAGUGGUGCAAGUAUUUCUCCUUCCAAAGAAGCUGAGUGCUCAGAGCAAGCAGUGGGAUCCUGUCCUGUACCAGAGACAACUUUGGCAGAGCUGCCGACCCCCUCGCCAUUGCAGCUUGCAGUGUCCGAACGGUUGGCACUGGUCCCACCAACUGCCAGGGAUGCUGCUCCUCUCCUGCCGGUGCGUCAGUCUCAGAGCAACCCACUGACCAGCACAGCCUCGUCAGAGUCUUCCUCCCGCUGUGAGCCCCCUGGCACCUUAACAUCCUCUCAAACUGAAGCACAUGGGACAAGUCCUCAGGUUUCUGGGGCAUCAGCAGUGGAGAGCAGCACGGCAGGUCAGACUUCCACUGCAGGAACAACUUCAGAAUCCUGCAGCGUUCCGCAGGGUUCUUCAGUUGUCAUGCAAGAUGUGGACUUGUUGGAAGGGCAGGGUCUGACCAAAAUGCUGUCUGAUCUCACGAAAGAAAGAACAGUUGUGGAAAAAAGCUCUUCUUUUGCUGUUCAAGGGGAGCAUUCUAAUUUUCCCAUGGAAAGUUCUAAAUCAGUGGAAUCAAAUGUUGAUUUGCCCGAGAAGCAGGAACUCUUGUUAAUGAACACUGAAGGUGAUGCGCUCUCCCAGCAUCACACCUGUGUUUCUGAUCAGGAAGUAGUUAGUGCUGCCCUCAUUGCCAGCAGGCAGGCAGACUCCCCAAUGUCAACCAGUUCUGGUAGCAGCCGAGGCUUCUCUGUGGCAUCAAUGUUACCAGAUACCACCAGAGAAGAUGUUACUAGCAACACGUCAACCAGUACGUGCAACAACUGCACAUUUUCAGAACAACCUGACAUAGUUGCUCUUGCAGCAAGAGCUAUUUUUGACCAGGAAAGCCUUGAGAAAAGUGGAGGAGGAAUACAAGUUAACAUGAGGGAUGCCAUAUCUAAGUCAACUGAAGUUGCAACUCUGGAGAGAGAGCAGCAGACUUUUAAACCUCUACCAGUGAAAGAAAGCAAUGCAGGGCCAUUAGAAACAGCGUCAAACAAAUUCAGUGCUCAGGAUACAGUACAAACAAAUGUUGAUAGACAGGUUGAAAAACCAAGCUGUUCUGUAGGAGGUGUGGAAACCUCCAACUCUUCUUUGCAGAUUUCAGCUUCCCAGUCACCGAGCAUAACCAGUUUAAGUGUGAAUAACCUGAUACACCAGAGCCGCAUUGUCCAUCCCCUCGUGAGUUGCUCAAGUUUAUCCCAGCCUUCAGAGCCAGCAAGCAUUCCUGCAACUGUGGGUCUCUCUCUUCCAUCUAGUUCAUAUGUCAACCCAUCUCCAAGACCAGCUAUGAUGAGUGAGUAUGCUCAGGAACAACUGAAUGCUAUUAGGGCAAACUCCAUGCAAGCUCCUCAGCUUCAGGAAUCACACUUAAAGCAGCAAAACCAUGAAGGUCGCAAAGACUCUGCCAAGCGGGCUGUUCAGGAUGACCUUCUGCUUUCUACAGCAAAGAGACAAAAGCAGUGUCAGACAGCACCUCUAAGGCUUGAAGGGAUGGCACUGAUGAAUCGAACACCAGAGGGUAUUGCUGAUCAAACACAGAUGCUGGUCGGUCAGAUGCCUUCUAAUUCAUCAAAUUCAGUGUCAUCCUUGAGCAGCCAGGGGCACACAGAUGGCCUCAAUAGGCUAUUCCCAUCAAACAGCAACUUUGUAACACCAGCUUUGAGACAAACUGAAGUUCAGUGCAGCUCUCAGCCACCAAUUUCAGAGCAGCAAGGCACAGCAGGGCAGCAUUUGCAGCCAAUUCAGCACGUUCCUGGUCAAGGCAUAUCUCACCUUCACAACAAUCAUCCCUACUUAAAGCAGCAGCAGGCUGGACAAUUAAGAGAAAGGCACCACUUGUAUCAGCUGCAGCACCAUGUCACUCAUGGGGAAAACUCAGUCCACUCUCAACCCCAUGGUGUCCACCAGCAGCGAACAAUACAGCAGGAAGUGCAAAUGCAAAAGAAACGUAAUCUCAUCCAGGGAACCCAGGCCCCACAACUUUCUUUACAGCAGAAACACCAUGGAAGUGAUCAGACACGGCAGAAAGGUGGUCAGCCUCAUCCUCACCACCAGCAAAUGCAGCAGCAGAUGCAGCAGCACUUUGGAGCUUCCCAGCCUGAAAAGAACUGUGAAAAUCCUGCAACAAGCAGAAACCAUCAUAACCACCCUCAGAGCCAUAUAAAUCAGGACAUUAUGCAUCAACAGCAGCAAGAUGUUAGCAGCAGGCAGCAAGGUUCAGCUUCUGAGCAUGUAUCAGGGCACAAUCCCAUGCAGAGGCUGAUGACCUCCAGGGGCUUAGAGCCACAAAUGGUAUCCCAGGCAAGUAUUGUAACCAGGCCUUCGGACAUGACCUGCACUCCUCAUAGGCAGGAGAGAAACAGAGUUUCCAGCUACUCUGCUGAGGCACUUAUUGGGAAGACACCCUCUAAUUCGGAGCAGAGAAUAGGAAUCUCUCUUCAAGGCCCUAGAGUUUCUGACCAGCUUGAAAUGAGAAGCUACAUCGAUGCUUCUAGAAAUAAAGGGUUGGUCAUUCACAAUAUGCAGGGCCGCAUAUCCAUUGAUCAUACGGUUGGCUCAGAUGUACAACGGCUUUCUGAUUGCCAGACAUUUAAGCCAGCAGGACCCAACCAACAACCUGCAGGCAAUUUCGAUGUGCAGGCCUCAAGAAACAGUGAAAUUGGUAAUUCUGUGUCAUCCCUCAGGGGCAUGCAAUCACAAGCUUUUCGAAUUGGUCAGAAUACUGGGCCACCCAUUGAAAGGCAGAAGAGAUUGCCUUACCAGCCAGUACAAGGUAUUCCAACAGGAAAUUCCCUUCCAUCAAGGGAAAAUGAAAACACGUGCCACCAAAGUUUUAUGCAGAGUUUACUUGCCCCUAACCUUGGCGAUCAAGUCAGUGGAAGCCAGCGAUCAAUCCCGGAACAUCCAAGGAAUACGCAGUGUGGUGCAUCCUCCACGAUUGAGUACAGCUGUCCCCCAGCCCGAGAGAGUGUCCACAUCCGGAGAGAUGGCGAUGGUCAGAACAGGGAAAGCUGUGACAUGUCUAUCAGUACAAUUAACACCAGGAACAGCUCUUUAACUAUUCCCUUCUCAACUUCAUCUUCCUCGGGAGAUAUUCAGGGUCGAAAUACAAGCCCAAACAUUUCCGUACAAAAGUCCAAUCCCAUGAGGAUGACAGACAGUCAUGGAACAAAGAGCCACAUGAAUACACCUGUCUCCAGCAACAUGCACGGGGUUGUGAGGCCAACUCACCCUCACCCUGCAGUUUCUCAUGGAAAUGGCGAACAAGGGCAGCCUUCUGUUCGUCAGCCAAAUUCUUCAGUUACUCAGCGCUCGAGGCAUCCUUUACAAGAUAACAACAGCUCUAAAAUACGGCAGCCUGAAAGGAAUCGAUCUGGAAAUCAAAGACACGGCAAUGUCUUUGACCCUAGUCUUCCCCACCUGCCCCUGUCUACCAGCAGCAGUAUGAUCCUUGGGCGCCAGCAGUCUGCUAUAGAAAAGAGAGGAAGCAUUGUCCGCUUCAUGUCUGACGGCCCUCAAGUGUCCAACGACAAUGCAGCAUCUGACCAACACACACUUUCUCAGAACUUUGGGUUCCCUUUUAUCCCAGAGGGUGGCAUGAAUCCACCCAUAAAUGCCAACACGUCCUUCAUUCCCCCAGUUACUCAACCUAGUGCCACUCGAACACCAGCCCUAAUCCCUGUCGAUCCCCAAAAUACGCUGCCAUCCUUCUACCCGCCUUACUCUCCUGCCCACCCCACUCUUUCCAAUGACAUUUCUAUCCCUUACUUUCCCAACCAAAUGUUUCCUAAUCCAAGCACAGAGAAGCCGAGUAGUGGAGGUUUGAACAAUCGAUUUGGAUCUAUCUUGUCUCCUCCCCGGCCCGUUGGUUUUGCUCAGCCAAGUUUUCCUUUGCUUCCGGAUAUGCCACCAAUGCACAUGACCAAUACAUCACACUUAUCCAAUUUUAACUUGACGUCUUUGUUUCCAGAAAUAGCCACUGCUCUUCCUCCAGAUGGUUCAGCAAUGUCGCCUUUGCUUUCCAUUGCAAACACAUCUGCUUCCGAUUCUUCCAAGCAGCCCUCAAACCGACCCGCCCACAAUAUAAGCCAUAUUCUAGGUCAUGACUGCAGUUCAGCUGUAUGAAGACUGACACACUGACUUCUAAUCUGAUGAGUUGUUUAUAUAUUUAAGAAAAAGAAAGUGGAUCUUACCGGCAUCCCUGAAGAGACCAUUCAUAGCAUCACUGUUUAUUUGCCUAAAUGUAUGUAUAUAGGUACCUUCCGUAUUUAUAUACACACUUUCUAUCCACCUUACUAACUUUAAAGCACCAGUGCCUAUAGCAAUGCUUACUUGCAAGUAAACGGUAAGAAUGCAACUUUAGAGCUGUGCAAAUACUGAUUGUUGAUUUUACAACAAUCAAGCCUGAUGUCUGAUUGCCACUCUCGGUAGUACUUGGAUGUAAAGAAAGAGGUGAGAAUAUCCAAACAGGACACAGGAAAACAAGUGCUACAGGUUUCAUUUUAUUUAUGACGUGUUUACCUGAAACUAAAGGUGAACUUCAAGUGGCUUAGGUUUUUCUUUUUCCUUUGUAAAAUAUUUUGGGAGCCUCAUAACAAGACAAGUCUCUGCUAAUCUGGCGUUAAUUGAUAAAGGCAUUUGUUGUGCAGCUUUUGUCUAUUUGAAGCUUGUUGCAUCCACUUGACUUAAGGCUGACUUGACCUGGCAAAAAAUUGCCAUGUGUUUCCGUGGCCAGAAAUUAAAAAUACUGUUUCAGAAAAUUGAAAUUUCUUUAAUGCAUGACUUUCUAUUUCAAAGAAGAAUUUGUGUGGAUCUUGUUUAAUGAUGGCAUCUGUUGCUGCUGAACUUGGCCAACAUUUUAAUGUAACUUAGUACUCCUACCGGAGUACCGUGGGGACAGCAGUCCUGUUUGUUGCCAUUUCAUUGCUCAUAUGCUGCAAGUUACCUCAGGGUGGUUUUGUACCUUGUUUCGCACCUUCUUAAUGUCUUUUUUUUUUUCCCCCUUUCCUUUUCUUUGGCCCAUGCUCAGCCACCAGCUUACUGGUUUCUGUGAUUGACAGCCCCCUGUUGUAAUGGUCAGCACACGGGAGCAGCAGUGAGCCCAUGGCAUCCCACAGAAUCCAUGGGGAUCAUGGGCACGGUGUCUGCUUACUGUGGCUGGCAGCAUUGGGGCCUAAUAUAGUAUCAGUACUUUGCACUUGAAUGCACCUUUUGUCUAAACCCAUGUGGUUGUGGGUGAAGAGAGAAUGUGAAUGUGUCAAGAUUGGAAAGUUGUACGCCAGGAAGACGUGAUGUGAGCGUCACAAGGAAGAGGGACUUUCUGUGUGUGUGAGGGACAGAGCGAGUGUGUGUACUAGCUGAGACCCCAAUAUGCUUUCACAGAUUUUGAUCCCAUUUCUUUUAAAGGAAAGGGAAGAACUAGGUAAUUUUUAUUUAUUUAAUGGCUCUGUGGUGUGAUUUUUUUAGGCAGAAAUAUGUUUUUUAAUUUAAGUUCUUGGAAAUACCAUUCCAGAUUGUAUUCUACAAAUAACAGUUUUCUUGUAAGCAGUCCUCCUGUACCCAGCAGAUACAGCUGCAGGGGAGUGUAAGCUCCAAACACUUUCGUAUCUCUGCAUCACGCUAGCGCUCCUGGGACCUCUGACAGCUUCAUUCCCCGUGUCCCUGCUCUUGUGUGAGAUGGGGCAGGGGCAGGUUCCCUGAGUUGUUUUUGAGUAAUUGUUUUAUUUUGUUUUCCUGAAGAGCAGAAAGGAAGAUACUCCUUCAUCUUGAAUCAUAGAAUAGCUCAGGUUGGAAAAGACCUUAAAGAUCACCAAGUCCAACUACAACCUAACCAUACUACACUAACUCUAACAGCCCUCCGCUAAAUCAUGUCCCUGAGCACCACAUCCAAACAGUUUUUAAACACAUCCAGGGAUGGUGACUCAACCACCUCCCUGGGGAGCCUAUUCCAGUGCUUAACAACCCCUUCUGUAAGAAGUUUUUCCUGAUACCCAACCUCAACCUCUCCUGGUGCAACUUGAGAUGAUUUCCCCUCCUCCUGUCACCUGUCACCAGUGAGAAGAGACCAACCCUGCUCUCUCUGUAAGCACCUUUGAGGUACUAGCAGAGAGCAAUAAGGUCUCCCCUCAGCCUCUUCCCCAGACUAAACAGCCCCAGUUCCUUCAGUUGCUCCUCAUAGGGCAUAUUCUCCAAGCCCUUUACAAACCUUGUUCCUCUUCUUUGGACCUGCUCCAGCACCUCAGUGUCCUUUCUGUACUGAGGUGCCCAAAACUGAACACAGUACUUGAGGUGAGGCCUCACCAGCACCGAGUACAGGGGCAGGAUUACUUCCCUAGUGCUGCUCACCACACCAUUUGUGAUACAAGCCAGGAUGCCAUUGGCCUUCUUGGCCACCUGGGCACACUGCUGGCUCAUAUUCAAUACUCAUAAAUACUAAUACUGAGGAAUAGGAGCCCCAAAGAGGUAGCUGAAAGUUUUUUCAUAGCUGGACUGUUAAGGCCCCAUUUUUGCCAAGUCCUUUUUAUAUACUGCUUCAGGAAAGUAAGGAAGCUUCAGCAUAAAACAGAAUUGGGCUGUCUGUAGUUAGCUGAUAAUGUCUCCGUUCUUGUAACCUGGGGUCUGGUGUUUUCCUGCAAAGCCAAGUAAAAUGGUUGUUUCAAAUGAGGUUAUCACCAUUUAAUUCAGAUGGGGCUUAUCUUUAGGACACUAAAUGUAAGUGGUGCUUCAUUUCUUUUGUGUUUAGUGCAAAUAUUUGAUGGAGUAUUUAUUUCACUUCAAAGCAAGCCUGCUUUUCUGUGCUUGCCUCCAAACAGCUGAGAUUGCAGCUGUAUUAGCAAUGACCACCACUCCUUCACUCUGACGGAACAAACUGUGGCUCUGAGUUUUGUCUGGUCAGACUCUUGGGCCAGGUUGGUCUCCUUGAUGCUGUAGAUCCCAAAUGGGGUGCCAUAAAGGAGCGUGAGGAGUUCCAUAGUGCUGAAUGGCUCCAGUGAUUAUGAUUACGUCAGGAGGAUAGAAUAAGCGGUUGCAUGGUAUGCUGUGUGGUCUUCUGUACAGAGGAAUGUAGAAGAGCCAUUCUUACUCCUCACUCAUUUCUUACUUGCGUUGGUUUCCUUUGCUGGGAAGGCUCCAGCAGUUUGGGUUGUUUGUCAAAGCUGUAAGGGAGCCUAUACGCUUGCAUGGGUAUAUUUAUUCCUUCAGAUUGGUUUCACCAUAAAUUUCACUGGUGUUGUAUUAAGGUAAAUGCGAUCCUGAGUAUUCAUAACAGAACACAUUGGAAGUGUUGGCUUUUUGUAUUUAUUUUUUAUGUUGCAAAUCAAUUUUUUGAACAGGCAGUAUGUUUUAUAUUCCCCUUUUCUGUUUACAAAGAUGACCAAAAAGCAAUUGUACUCAUAGGAUACCCGUAGUGCAGGCAGUUACCGUACAGUCAUUUUAGUGAUGCAAAAACUGUGUGAAUUUGCAGGAACUGCACAGUUUUGUGGUGUAUGGCUCAAAAUUCAUUACCACGUGACCAUUCUCCUCCAGAGGAUUGUACCUUGUGUUGUUUUUAUGGGGUGUGGUAGUUCCUAUGUAAUCACCGUGCCUGUCUGGACUUACUAUGGAAAUUACCAAGACCAGGAUGGAGACCACUCCAUUACCCCAACUAAAUAGGACAAUCUCUGUUGAAGUUCAACCACAGGCCAAUGUGAGUCUUUUUAUAUGCCAUAAAUGAUGCUAAGUGUUCCCAAUGGCAUUUGUUUAGGAUGAAAGCAAAUGUAGGAACACCUAGCUGCAAGAGAUUCACGUGAAGACAUUUGUCCAAAUUCUAUUAUUUAUUCCCCAAUUCUAUUAUCCUCAUUGCUGACUGGCAUUUAAAUAAAUUAAUUAGAAGAAAAAUUGGCUCUAGUAUGUAGUCUGUCUUGUGGCAUCAUUCGCAGUUCAAGAUUGUCUUUGCUGAGCCUGGCCAGGUGCCCUGGUUUGGGGUGAUUGUGCUUUUAUCAGAUUGUUUCUCAUGUGUUGGUGCUCAUGAACAGCUGAUGGAAUGGGUGUUUUGCAUUAAAAGAGACAAAGUGAGAUGUUAGGUACUUUCUGUUGGCUUUUAAUUAUGGAAUUGCUUUUGUUUUCCUCUUCACUGUAAAUUAAUUACUCUCGCCUCUUCAUUCUACAAGUAAAACCACAUUUUCUUUGGCAAACUUCUACAAUUCCAACAAGAAUUCUUCAUCAAUUCAAAGCUCUCUUGUUUUCAAAGAUAUAUUUGGAAAAGGUUUAAUUGCAAUUUAUUAUCCUGAGAGUGGAAUUUUCUCUUCCGUAACAGUUUCAUAGUACCUUUCUGAAAGGUUUGCUUUGUGUUUGAAGAGAGGAGGAAUGUUCCAUGCUGCUUCAUUUAGCAGAAGUAGCAAAAGGGAGUGGUUCAGAACUACCUCUGGGGUGGGACUGCUGCAGUCAAUGAGCAGUGGGUAGCUGUGGCCUCCAGCUUGUCCUAAACAUGUUCCACAAACAAUAACAAACGGCCUAGGGAUGAACUGCAUGUAUUUCAAUGUAAUGAAAUCAAUUGAUUAUUCCCUUAAAAAAACUAGGAGAAUAUGAGCAGAAUCAGACUGAGCUGACAGCAGGCAAUAAACUGGUCAUGUAUGAGCAUUCUCAUUGGGUUUCACUGAGAGUAAGGGGCUCAUCAAAGCACAGUUCCCAGAAAUGGUUUAAGCCAUACUGGAUGUGUUUGACAGCCCCCGCCACCAUCAGAGGAGCGCCUCUGAAUUACAGAUGCAGUGCUAGUGCAGGGCCUCUGACAUUUUGCACACAUUUCCCACGCACUUUAAAGCUGUGCUGCCACUGUGGUUAGCGACGGGUUUUGGUGCAGAAAAUACAUCACUUGGCAGGGCAAAUGCAACAGGCGUUUCUAGUAACAAGUGUCAUUUCGUUACUUCUCAUCUCCCAGCUGUCUACCUUAUGCAGAGAUACUCACACAGCCCUGCUCACAAGCCUGUGCCACCCUCUGCUUCUGGAUGGCCAAACACAGUCAGGUGCAUUGAGAGCUGCGAUCUUGCCCUAUUUCCCACUCAACUUUAGUGCUCGUCACUUCAAUAAUAACCCCACCGUCACUUGGAAAGAAAGAGUAGAAUUGAAUUUAUUCAUACUGGAAUGAUCAAAUUUGUGCUGUUGGUUUUUUUGUGUGUUUGCUUUUGAAUGGAGUGGCAUAAGGAGCUCCAUCCAUUUUCAGCAGCCAGUCUGCAUUUACUUCUGCUCCUCUUCCCUUCUGCCCAGUCCAGCAGUGCUGGCGGCUCCACAGCUGAGCACAGUGUGUGGAGGAUGGCACUGUCAACCUUGCGCUGCCUCUGCUGUCCUUACCGUACAGCUGAGAGUUAAAGCACCCACACUUUACCUCCACACGUUGUACUGAUAGCGAAUUAUUCUGUGAAUGGUGAAAGACUUCCAGAAAUGUUUGGUCAUGAUGAUAAAGAACCAUCUUCUCUUUGCUGACAGUCCUCACUUGGUUACACAAAAGCCAUUCUUUAGUUGUAAGAUAAUUUCUGAAGAAAAGCAUAUUCGUCUUUAAAGUUGCUGACCCUUACCUUAGCAGCAAAUUUUUGUAUUACAAAAAGCAUUUCCUGCUGUCUCAUCAGACUGCAUUUUUACAAGCAGGUUUCAAGUCUGCAAUAUGCUUUGCUGUUUCAGCAAUCACAAAUGCAAACCGAGACAGCAAUGGGCUGUCCCCACAUUCCUGCCUGCUCACUGUGAGAAGGAAAGCAAAGAUGGAUUUUGCCACAGGAGAUUAUUCAGAGAUGCUGUUGCCCUCCACAAUGUAAAUUAUUUAUAUUCGGCCCAGAAUUAUCUGCUGUGCUCCUGUUUUAUACAGCUGUAAAUUACUCAGAUACAGCUCCAGCGGAAAGCCCUUCUUAUUUUGUAACAGAGAAAGGAAAUGUGCAGUAGAAGAAUAUAAUGAAUGAGGAGGAACAUCGUCUUGCAAUUGUAAAUAAGAUCUUGUUCUGUUUAUUUUGACAUCUUUUUACAAAUGUGUCGUAUUCAGGUGUAAAUAUCUAAACCCAUGAUCUUGUUCAGAGCUCUGAGAUUUCUAUUGUUAUAUGUAAUACUUUGUUUAAUAGUUGUAAUAAUUAUUUGUAUAGAUAUGAACACAAUAGUAUUUUAUUAAAAAAAGGAAAAUGUUCUUGAA